AUGCCCGUCCCCACCUCUCCCGAGCAGGGCGACAACGUCGACCAGACCCCCGCCGACCUCUCCGAGUUCCCCGGCGAGGACGGUCAAGGAGCCAUCUCCAUCCGCGCCCUGAUCAGUACCAAGGAGGCCGGAAUCAUCAUCGGUCAACAGGGAAAGACCGUCGCGGGGAUCAGGAACGAGAACGAGGUCAAGGCUGGGGUCAGCAAGGUCGUACAGGGCGUACAGGACCGAGUUUUGAGCAUCACUGGGCAGGUCGAGAAUGUCUCCAAGGCCUUUGCUCAAGUCGCCAAGACCCUCUUGGAAACCCCUCUCGCCGACCCCGAACACCUUCCCAGCAACGCCUUCACCUCGAUGCGAUUGCUCAUCUCGCACAACCUCAUGGGAUCCAUCAUCGGUAAAUCCGGAGCGACCAUCAAACAGAUCCAAGACGCUUCCGGCGCCAGGAUGGUCGCCUCUAAAGAGAUGCUUCCCCAAUCCACCGAACGGGUCGUCGAGAUCCAGGGGAACGUCGAGGCUAUCAAACAGGCCGUUCAUCAGAUCGGAGAGUGCCUCUUGAGGGACUGGGACAGGGCUCAGGGGACUAUCUAUUACCAACCCGGUGCGGCUGGUGAUCAGGGUGUCCUCGCCGGAGGUCUCGGUGCGGCCACCGUCACCGGACCUACCGGUGGGAUCAGGAGGGCUAGUGCUACCCCGGCCUUUGGCGGCAAUGGAGAGAGGAGGAUGAGCAGGGCCGCUCCUCAGCUCGGUGGAGACAGGAGGAGGUCGGAAGGUGGGAACGGAAGUGGACAGGGCUUGCCUCCGGCUUCUCUGCCUGCUGCCGGGCAAGGAUCGUUCGGAGGUGAAGUCGACCCCAACUUGAGGACGCAGAGCAUCUCGAUUCCGAGCGACAUGGUCGGCUGUAUCAUCGGACGUGCCGGAUCCAAGAUCACCGAGAUCCGACGACUUUCCGGGUCCAAGAUUUCGAUCGCCAAGACUCCCCACGACGACAGCGGUGAGAGGAUGUUCACCAUCGUCGGACCUCCCGAGGCCAACGAAAAGGCCUUGUUUUUGCUCUACAACCAGCUCGAGAGCGAGAAGCAGAGGCGGGUCGGUGCUACCCUCGGCGAGCCGAUCCAGGAAGAAAUCUAA